AUGGAACCCAAUUCUGUUCAAUCCUGCGAUGAUAAGCCCCCGGAAACCAGUAGCUGCGAUACAGUAAAGCCUAUUGAGCCAGCAUUCUGCAGCCAAGCCUCGUACAAAUUCCUAAUGAUGGACGACAAUCCGACGGCCAACAACUCUGGACUGAAGGCCUCGCAAAUAGCACACGAUGCCGCCGAGGAGGCCAAUGCUGCCAACGAAGCUCAAGCUGAAGCUGCCCAAAAUGCCUCCCAGCAGGUGAAGUUAAUGCUGGCAGAAAGAGCGAUGGCCGCGGCCAAUGCUGCCACGUCCUUGCUCGAGGGUAAACAGGCGAUCGUGGAUAGCUAUGCGAAUGAAAUCCAAGGGGCCGAGUCGGUGGUGGCCCAGAUUACGGCCUCCCUGGAGACAAGUCAGGCGAAUGAGGAGGCCACUUGUGCUGCUCUCCGGAUAGCCGACAAUCAUGAGGCCGCCAUGCAAAUUGUGGUGGAUCAAAUAAGGAGCGGCCUGGAAGACCUAGACACACUGGUGGAACAGUCCCAAGCUGAUUUGGAGGAGGAGCAACAAAUGGUGGCAAAGGCUAAGGACCUUGGCGACCGCCUGGCCAAAGAGUUUAAGGAGGCCAAGGCCGAGUAUGAUGAGGUGAAGAUGGCCACCUGUCGUGCUGUUUCCGCUGCCAUGGAAAUACAGCGGUCGUUGCCCUCCAAUUCUUGUUUUGCACGUAAUAUAGAUUCUUUCCCGGGCAACAGCAGCAGCUGUGACGAGUGUCCAUCCGGCUUGAAGGAUAUUAUAAGUUUUUGUUAG